UAGUCGGACAGGUUUUGGUACAGGACUUCACUGUUUUUUGUUUUGAGAUGGGCUAGCUACAAAAAUGUUAACCCUACCGCUUUGUUAUUUUGUCGAAAAAUAACAAGUUAAAGAUAUAUGUUGUUGCAACAAUGGUAGAAAAUAUGGCAGCGUUUACAGAGCGUUUGAAGCAAGAACUGACAAACAACAUACCCGCAUAUUGACUCGGGGAACAGUGAACAAGAAGAGGAUCAACCACAAUGUAUCGAUAGCCCGAGGGCUUGCUUGGUGGAAGGACCAGUCCCUUGUUGGAGAGGAUUCAAGAGGAGAGGAUAUGAAGGAAGAGACAAUACCACAGUGUGAAAGUUAACAAGGCGAACAAAUUGGUGGAUCAAUUCAUUCAAGACCUGAAUGAGAUAAAUGACAUUCCCUUCUUUGAUGUCGAGUCGCCCUAUGAGUUAGCCCCGAAUAUCUUCCAAUAUCUUAGACGGACAGAGUUGGGAUGAUGUGCUCAGGUUCCACGGCGUGGGCCGUCCUGGCGGAGGACGAUGUGUUGUCAUUUAGAAUGUGUCUGGAGAAUGGUUAUCACCACGGUACCGCUGUCUCUGACUCCCCCUGUUGGAAGAACACACUACGAGACUGCAGGAACUCUGAGAACACUGUGCGCUCCAACUGGGAGGUACACAUCAGGGGAUGUGAGACUGUGGGACACCCUCCACUAGGACUCUGCACCCCCCUUCCUGAGGCCCACUUCCUGAGGCCCAGCCCCCUUGACUGCAGACCUCAGCCCCAGACCUCACAUCAGUCACGUCUGGUGUGGCUUCCUAUGGCCAUGUGGCUCUGGUCGCAGGAGGAGUCUAUGGUCCUAGUACCAGGGGCUGAGGGGAGAGGAGUAGACAGUAGCCCCACGGUGACCCUCUCUGCUGGGGAGACAGUGUACCUGCUGGCCCCUGAGGACCUGGAGCCCCGGGUGCUCCAUACCAUCUACGGCCUCCCAAUCAUCUGUCUGGACGCCUCAGUGACACACGCUGCCCUGGGGGUCAAGAACUGUGGCUGGGACAUGAACGAUGGAGGCAAGGGUGAGGGUGUUUUACCUGCGCACCGGCUCCUCUGUGACAUCACUGUAUGCCCACCACAUGGGCGUAGCCUCCGUGCAGGCAGACGAUUGGAAGAUUGUGAGCGGCUGAGGCGAGGGAUUGGUCUGCUAAUGGGAGAUGAGGAUGGGAGCCAACCUGUGUAAGGCACCAAGUCAGACACGUCCGGUUCAACACUAGCUCCCUGAUGACCACCAACCUCCCAGACAAAAGUCUCCACGAGGGGCCUGCAUCACAGACGACGACCUCACAGCCUCCCUAACCCCUCUAACACUGACUCCCGCUAACACUCUAAACCCUGAAGGCUGUUUGAUGCUAAUGCUAUUCAUAAACAUGGCAUACCCCGGUUCUAAGUACUUCCUCAGGCUGUCCUAUCCCAAUACAGAUCCUUGCACAAGAAAAUACUUCUCAUAAUUAUAAGCUUUUGGCUUAGCGUACCUCUACUCUACAGAGAAAAUUAUGCAGAGAGCAUUGGCUCAUUCUCUCUGUCCACACGACACAGGGGACAGAGAGUAGUGUCUGUUGUUUAACUCACCUCAUUCUCUCUGUCCACACGACACAGGGGACAGAGAGUAGUGUCUGUUGUUUAACUCACCUCAUUCUCUCUGUCCACACGACACAGGGGACAGAGUAGUGUCUGUUGUUUAACUCACCUCAUUCUCUCUGUCCACACGACACAGGGGACAGAGUAGUGUCUGUUGUUUAACUCACCUCAUUCUCUCUGUCCACACGACACAGGGGACAGAGAGUAGUGUCUGUUGUUUAACUCACCUCAUUCUCUCUGUCCACACGACACAGGGGACAGAGAGUAGUGUCUGUUGUUUAACUCACCUCAUUCUCUCUGUCCACACGACACAGGGGACAGAGAGUAGUGUCUGUUGUUUAACUCACCUCAUUCUCUCUGUCCACACGACACAGGGGACAGAGAGUAGCGUCUGUUGUUUAACUCACCUCAUUCUCUCUGUCCACACGACACAGGGGACAGAGAGUAGUGUCUGUUGUUUAACUCACCUCAUUCUCUCUGUCCACACGACACAGGGGACAGAGAGUAGCGUCUGUUGUUUAACUCACCUCAUUCUCUCUGUCCACACGACACAGGGGACAGAGAGUAGUGUCUGUUGUUUAACUCACCUCAUUCUCUCUGUCCACACGACACAGGGGACAGAGAGUAGUGUCUGUUGUUUAACUCACCUCAUUCUCUCUGUCCACACGACACAGGGGACAGAGUAGUGUCUGUUGUUUAACUCACCUCAUUCUCUCUGUCCACACGACACAGGGGACAGAGAGUAGUGUCUGUUGUU